CGAGUAAGAAAAUAAUGAACUGAAACAGAGUUGAAGCAUCACUCCAUUUUUCUUUCUGAUUUCUGUUUCAGAAUUUUCAAAUUUUGUUCCGACUCCGACGGACCGUCCAAAGCCACUCUCUCAGCUGUUUAUUCUUCUCACAAUUAGCCGACACAUAAGCAGAGCAGUUCAAGCUCAAGAGCUCAUUAGCACGAAGCUCCAAUCGCGUUUGGAUGUUGAGUUCUGUCGUCGUCAUCAACUCUCCGCUAGGUGAGACUCUGAAGAUGCAAGCUUCAACGUAUGCAGUCAGAGCCGACACUGGAUUUGGGCUUCAGACUCGCCGUCGAGGUUUUGAAAGAUCUAAAAACGUCAAUAGUAGGAGGAUUUUGGCCUGUAGCAAUCUCCGCAUGACAGAGAGGAGUGGUUGUUUCGGAUUAAAGCUCGGCUCGGCUUCCAUGGGAAUCGAGCUAGGCCGCCCUCGAGCAAGGGUACCGAGUCUGUUUGGGGAGUCGGCCAAGCCCAGGUCGAUCAGAGCUAGCGCUUCUGAAGGAGAUAUUGAAGCAGUUGCACCCCUCAAAGGGAAUGGGAAAUCAUCAGGUUCAGUGUUGCCAUAUGUUGGUGUUGCUUGUUUGGCAGCAAUUCUGUUUGGAUAUCAUCUAGGUGUGGUGAAUGGUGCUUUGGAGUAUGUGGCCCAGGAUCUUGGUAUUGUUGAGAAUACUGUGGUACAAGGAUGGAUUGUUAGUUCAACUCUUGCUGGUGCCACUGUAGGUUCAUUUACUGGGGGAACAUUGGCCGAUAAAUUUGGCAGAACAAAGUCAUUUAUUUUGGAUGCAAUUCCGCUAACAAUUGGUGCUUUUCUAUGUGCCACAGCUCAGAGUGUUGAAACAAUGAUCAUUGGCCGCUUACUUGUUGGAAUAGGAGUUGGCAUCUCUUCUGCUAUUGUUCCUCUUUAUAUAUCUGAGAUCUCACCAACUGAAAUCCGUGGUACACUUGGAUCUGUCAACCAGUUGUUUAUUUGUGUUGGGAUUCUUGCAGCACUUGUUGCAGGAUUGCCUUUAGCUGGAAAUCCUUUGUGGUGGAGGACAAUGUUUGGUAUUGCUAUUAUUCCAUCUGUUUUACUUGCACUUGGAAUGGCCUUUUCUCCUGAAAGUCCCCGGUGGCUUUAUCAGCAAGGAAAAAUCACUGAAGCCGAAACAGCAAUAAGAAGACUUUAUGGAAAAGAAAGGGUUGCUGAGAUAAUGAAUGAUUUCAAUACAGCCGCUCAAGGCUCUUCAGAACCAGAAGCUGGGUGGUUUGAUCUUUUUAGUAGGCGUUAUUGGAAAGUUGUCAGUGUUGGUGCAGCAUUGUUUUUCUUCCAACAGUUGGCUGGGAUUAAUGCUGUUGUAUACUAUUCUACUUCUGUGUUUCGAAGUGCUGGAAUUACAUCCGAUGUUGCAGCGAGUGCUUUGGUUGGAGCAUCCAAUGUGUUUGGCACAAUUGUUGCAUCCUCUUUGAUGGAUAAGAUGGGAAGAAAGAGUCUUUUGCUUACAAGCUUUUCUGGAAUGGCUGCAUCAAUGCUAUUGCUUUCCCUGUCGUUUACAUGGAAGGCAUUGGCACCAUAUUCUGGCACACUUGCUGUCGUUGGUACUGUUCUUUAUGUGUUAUCCUUUUCUCUUGGCGCUGGUCCUGUGCCUGCUCUUUUACUUCCCGAAAUAUUUGCCUCUAGAAUUAGGGCGAAAGCAAUGGCAUUGUCCUUGGGAACGCAUUGGAUAUUAAAUUUUGCGAUUGGGCUCUACUUCCUGAGCAUUGUUAAUAAAUUUGGAAUCAGCACGGUGUACCUGGGGUUUGCAACCGCAUGUAUUCUUGCAGUAAUGUACAUAGGUGCUAAUGUGGUUGAGACCAAGGGUCGAUCACUUGAGGAGAUUGAGCGUGCUCUUAGUCCUGCCGUUUGAAUGAAAGAAUAAGUUAAGAGAGAGCUGCAAGGAAGUGGUGGAGUGGAGGAGGGAUUGGAUUAGUGAAAGCUUUCCGGUAAGUGUUUAACCCCAACCAUUUUGCAGUUGUGUUUAUUCCUGCUUGUAAUUAGCGUCUCGUAUCUAUAACUCUUGACAGAUUGUCGUAACGCUGGACGACACUGAUCUGUGGGCUGUGGCAUUUUGCUGUCCGAUUCUUGUUUCAAUUUUCCGGU